AUGGCUUUGCAGAGAUCAUUAACCCGGGCUUCACUCGGCGCGAGAACUUCUUUUUCAUCGUCUUCUUCUUCUUCUUCCUCUUCCUCUUCCUCUUCCUCUUCCUCUUCUUUCUCUUCCCCUUCUUCUUCUUCUUCUUCUCCUUACAGUAAUACCAGCUUAGGAAAACCUCAAACUGGUAGCUCUGGACCAUACACAACCGCAUUUGCCUUAUUCGAAGCACUCUGGGAAGCCGGUAUAACAGCAUGUUUCGUAAACGUCGGGUCCGACCACCCGUCGAUUAUAGAAGCCAUCGUGAAAGGCAAGAGAGAACGGCUAGACACAUGGCCGAGGAUCAUCACUUGCCCCUCAGAAAUCACGGCAAUCUCCAUGGCCGACGGCUACGCCCGAGUAACGGGGAAGCCGCAAGCCGUCCUAGUCCAUGUAGAUGUAGGAACGCAGGCUCUGGGACAGGGUAUUCACAACGCAAGCGUCGGCCGCGCUCCGGUGUUUAUCUUCGCCGGUUUAUGCCCGUACACGGAGUCCGGAGAAUUGACGGGCUCUCGCACGGAGUACAUGCACUGGCUGCAAGAAGCGCCGGAUCAAAAAGCCAUUGUGCGACAAUACUGCAGGUAUACCGGUGAAGUGCACACCGGUCUGAAUAUUAAGCAGACCAUUGGCCGCGCUCUUCAAUUCGCCAGUAGCUCGCCUAAAGGCCCAACUUAUGUUGCUAGUGCGCGAGAGGUCCUAGCCCAAGAAAUCCAACCAUAUUCAUUGGAGCAAGAGAAAUGGGUGCCGAUAGGACCAAGCGCACUCCCAUCGGACGCCGUUCACGAUAUCGCUACGGCGCUCGUGCACGCUGAGCGUCCACUUAUCAUCACUGGAUACUCCGGUCGCGACCGCCGAACACCGGAGCUUCUCGUAGCUCUCGCCGAUCUAAUCCCCGGUAUCCGCGUCCACGAUACCGGCGGCAGCGACAUGUGCUUCCCCUUUUCUCACAUCGCAUCUGAGGGCUUUCGCCUCGGUGCCGACGAUUGUACCAAAGACAGUGACGCGAUCUUUUUGCUUGAUUGCGACAUUCCAUGGAUCCCAUCCCGUAACCCACCUCCCAAAGACGCUAAGAUAUAUCAUGUAGACUGUGAUCCUUUGAAUCAACAGAUUCCUGUUUCUUUCUUCCCUGCUCACGGGCGUUGGAAGGCGGAGAGCUUUACUGCACUUACGCAAUUAGUUAACCAUAUCAAGAGUGACGCUUCGUUAACGGAGACACUUCGAGAUCCGAAAUAUAUAGCUCGCAGAGAUGCACGCGCCGAAAUCCAUAAAUCUCGUCUAGCUAAUAUCGCAUCGCAGGUUCGUUUAGGCGAUGAAGAGGCGUUGAACGCAAAUAAUAUCGGAAGUCUCCUAAAAACAACGCUACCAGAGUCAACAACAUUCGUCGUCGAAGCGGUCACAGCAUCUCAUGUCCUUUCUGAUCAAUUACAACCUAGCCGGCCGGGAAGCUGGAUUAAUUGCGGUGGUACGGGUAUAGGAUGGAGUAACGGCGCAGCGCUUGGCGUGAAAAUGGCCCUAGCAGACCUGGAGAAAGCCGGGGGAAGUAGGCCGAGCCUCGUAUGCCAUAUAGUUGGCGACGGGAGCUUCAUGUGCGCUGCCCCAUCCAGUGCGUUAUGGGUCGCUAGCAAGUACGAGAUUCCAAUCUUGACGAUUGUUCUGAAUAACGGGGGUUGGAAAGCUCCCCGCAACUCUACGGAGCUUCUAUACCCUUCUGGCCUGAAUAAAUCCGCAUCCGACGACGAGAUCAACGUCUCUUUCCGCCCUACACCCAAUUACGCCGCUCUAGCGGAGGCAGCAUCGGGGUCGGAGGUUGGUUGGAGUAAUAGCACCGAGAGCGCGGAGGCGUGGAUAAAAGGUGUACGAGUUAGAACAGUAGCGGACUUCAAGAAGGCUCUUGAUUCUGCGAAUUCAAGAGUGGUGGAAAACAAGAAAGGAAUGCUACUCGAGGUAGUAAUGUAA